AUGUCGUCUACGCCUGGAUCACCAUCACCCCACAACUCUCCAGCACGACCCGCCAUGUCUGGAUCCGCAACGACAGAGACAGAGCCUCAAGCUCAGAGCCGUAGAGCAAUGGUCGCGGCAGCUGUGUCGGGUCUUCAGCGUUUCAAGCAAUCAUGGCUCAGCAUCAUGUUGCUUAAAGGGGGUAUCGGACUUGGUCAGGUCAUCGUUCUCGUUAUCCUUCUCAUUCUUGCCAACUUCAUCCCCUCCCCUAUCACUGGUCGUCCACAGACUCAGUCGUCUGAGGCUUGCCCUCGACCUCAUCUGCUUCAAGCUUGGAUAGGCGCCAGUCUUGCUCGACUCGUCAUCUGCUGGAGCGCGAGUGUGUGGAUGUGUCUGCGACUGAGGCGAAGAUUGGCAGAUGCGGAGAGACAAUCAGAGUCGGUGGGCGAGGUCGAGGUGAUGAUACCGGCCACUGUCCGGUCGACCCACCGUCUCUCGUCUAAUACUACAGAAACCACGCUCACGCCUUCCCUCACGCACUCGCAAUCCUCUUCAACCGCCGCAUCCUCCUCGUCUGCAACUCUGGCCCAGGUAUGCAGUAGCAACAACAAGACAGAUGACGUUCAAUUGUCCAACACCUCUCCCAGCACUUUGUACGCCUCGCGAAUGGGUCGCGAGUCAGAUUAUUCCCUCGAUCAGCACCUCAAAUACACUACCCAAGAGAAGAAGGAGACUGAAGAGGUCUUGGACACGUACGAAUUGCUGGAGGGGUUCGGAAGGAAACCUCGACGUAUGAGGACAGAGCAGACCCUUCAGGCCGCACCUCAGAUCCCUGUCUCGGCACCUUCCCCAGCCCCAGCCGCUUCUGAAAGCCUUCAAGCCGCGAGAGACCUCGUCGCUGGUCGCGACACGCGCGGCACACAUCACGUCAGUCUCGCGGAUAGACUUGAUACACUGGCCCCUAAUGUUUCAAAACUGAUGGGCGCCCUUUCUGCCAUUCUGUUCAUCCUAGGCAACGUCUUGGUCUUUUACCCCCCUCCCUCGGCCACCAACUCGACUUGCUAUCAUGCUUCGCCUUUGCUGUGGUGGGCGGUCAUGACCGUCACGGGUGUCGGAUGGUUUUUGAUCGCUCAAAUGUUUGUCGUCGUAGUCAUUGUCGGCAUCGGAGGGCAAGCCAUCCUGGUCUUGCUUCGAUCCAUCGGACUUAGCCCUGCUCCUGUUCAAGCGACUCCGCGACCCGCACUACCUCCCGUCCUGACUGCGAAAGAGCUCGAUCAACUCCCACUUUUUGUCUACCUGCCAGCAUCCGCCGCACCGUCUACACCUUUGUCCAGGUCUCAAAGCAGGUUCGCUUCGCCAGCUGCAUCACCCGCUCGAAAAGGUCGCCGAGACAACUCUACACCUCCCGUACCCGAUUCACCCGUCAAAGCCAGUCCAGGUGGUCGGUCUAAAUCACCUUUCGACCUCGAUCGUCUCGCUCAGAAACCCUUGUAUCUCCCCGAAGACAAGUCGACCUGCGCCAUAUGUCAGGAGAAUUACGAGCCUCCGAAAGAAGCCCGCACGAUCAUGCUACAAGGUGACGUCUUGCGUCAACUAAGCUGCAAGCAUGUCUUCCAUUGCAAGUGCAUCGACCAGUGGCUCCUGGGGGGCUCGGGCAAUUGUCCAUUCUGUAAUCGUCCGGCGCGAGCCGGGGACACGUGA